GUAACACUUGUUAUUGUUUGGUUGAGCAUUUCAUAUAUUAUUAGUGACGGUUAGAGACGUGCAGACGGUCACAUUUCAGAUGGAGGAGAGCGGUUCGUUGACUCCAGAGUGCGGAAGUGAGAAACUGAAAAGAGAGACGAGCCGCAGGGACUUGAGGAGAAAGUUGUCAGUUGAUGAGGAGGAGUCUCCCCUCGGGAACAGAAACAGUAAUGUCCGACGGUCACUGCGAAGAGGAAGCUCCUUCACCUUCCUCACCCCAGGACCUCAGUGGGACUUCAGUCUGAAGCGGAAGCGCAGAGAGAAGGACGAUGGUGACGCAGUCAGCCUUUGCAGCUUCGAUUUUAAGGAACCCAGCAACAAGCGUGUCCGUCCUCUCGGCAGGGUGACGUCGCUAGCCAACCUCAUCUCUCCAGUGAAGAAUGGGGCCGUCCGGCGCUUCGGCCAAACCAUCCAGGCCUCUUUCCGGGGCGAUGGCAAGUCGCCGGGCGUGCCCCAGAAGCCCUGCAGCAAGGCAGCGGCCCCCACGCCCCAAAGGAGGAACAGCACGCUGUGGUCCGAGACGCUAGACGUCCACCAGAAGGGCACGUUCUCCACUAAAGAGAUCAAGCGGCAGGAGGCCAUAUUCGAGCUGUCUCGUGGAGAACAGGACCUGAUAGAGGACCUCCAGCUCGCACGCAAGGCGUACCACGAUCCAAUGCUGAAGCUGUCCAUCAUGUCCGAGGAGGAGCUGACUCACAUCUUUGGCAACCUGGACGCCUACAUCCCGCUGCACGAGGACCUGCUGGCCCAGCUGUCGAAAGCCACCGGGCCUGACGGGACCGUGGGACAGAUCGGACAGAUUGUCAUAAGCUGGCUGCCCAGGCUGAACGCCUACAGGGACUACUGCAGCAACCAGCUGGCGGCCAAGGCACUGCUUGACCAGAAGAAGCAGGACAGGCGGGUUCAGGACUUCCUGCAGCGCUGCCUCGAGUCGCCCUUCAGCCGGAAGCUGGACCUGUGGAGCUUCCUGGACAUACCGCGCUCGCGCCUCGUCAAAUACCCACUGCUGCUCAAAGAGAUCCUCAGACACACACCGGCAGAACACCCCGACACCACCAGCCUGGAGCAAGCGAUCACAAUCAUCCAGGGCGUGCUGUCUGACAUCAACAUGAAGAAGGGAGAGUCUGAGUGCCAGUACUACAUCGACAAGCUGGAGUAUCUGGACGACCGGCAGAGAGACCCGCGAAUCGACCAGUGCAAGAGCCUGCUGUGUCACGGGGAGCUACGCAACAAGAGCGGCACGAAGCUGCACGUGUUCCUGUUCACCGAACUGCUGGUUCUCACGCGCCCCGUCACCAGGAACGAGCGCCAGUGUUUCCAGGUCUACCGGCAGCCAAUCCCAGUGCAGGAUCUGGUGCUGGAGGACCUGCAGGACGGAGACGUCAGAAUGGGCGGCUCCUUCAGAGGAGCUUUCAGCAACGCAGACAAAGCCAAGAACAUCUUCCGUGUGCGUUUCCAAGACCCGAGCCAAGGCCAGUCCCACACACUGCAGGUCAACGACAUCUUCCACAAACAGCAGUGGCUCAACUGUCUCCGCAGCGCCAUCUCCGUCCACCGGCCCCUGCCUGAGCCCACCACGCCCGCCUCGCCCGCGGUCGACGUCCGCUCCAAGCGCCGCCCGUCCUCCGUCUCCGCCAUCACCCACAUGGAGGAGGCGGACGAGAACUGCCCGCAGGCAGCUUCGCAGUCCGCCCCCGCCUCGCCGUGCGCCAGCGAGACAUCCAGCUCCGCCACGAACUCCCCUUCCUCCCACUCACCUUCUUCCGCCUCCUCAACAUCAUCAUCAUCGUCGUCAACGGCGUCAUCGCCGAUCUCCUCUCCCACGACGCACAAAACCAAGAAGGACAAGAGGUCUCUGUGUUCGUUAGGGAAGAGAAAAGAGACUAUGGUGUAAAUGGCGGGAGAAAAGAGACUCCUGGGUGGACUUUUGUUUUUAUACAUGUAUAUUAUUAAAAAAAGAAGAGAAAUGCCGUGGAGAAGAGGGGGCCGAGGUUUGGCCCCGCUCAGUGGGACUUGUAUUUAUGUGUGACGGAGUGCGUAUUAUUACAACAGUGUUCUGUGUUACUGUCCUCUUCGGCAGCUAUUUACCCAACCCCUCCAUCUGUCCCGCGUCGGCUCGAGCCGACCGGGCCGAGUGCUGAAUCUGACGCGGGACUCUGCGGAGCCCUGCGCGGCUCGCAGCGGCCGCACAAAGGGAAGCAUUAGAAGAAGCAAACACACAUUUUCACACUUUAAUCUGUGUGUCAUGAGUUUGUUGAUUUCUUGAAGAGAGAGGUGGUGCAUCAAGGUCUGUUUACUGUUAAUUUGGUAUUUAAACAUUAUUUUAGAUUUAUCAUUCUUCUUUGGGUAAUAAAAAGUUUUACAUUUUUAUAUUAUCAUUCUAAAUUUUAUUGUAGCUCUUUGUUUUAAUUUGUUUUUUGUUUUUUUUUUGUUUUUUUUAAAGCAGCACUGUUUUUAGCUUUUAGUUGAAGUUAUUGAAAUUUUGGGCAUGUAUAGGAUGAUAGAAAAGAACCCUGAAAAAUUCAAGAUGUACACAAAACAAAAGCUACAAAAUUCUCUGUAAAGUCUGAUUCUAAGGACAAGUCUUAUUUUUGUACAUUCCUUAAGUGACAGUUAGCACCCGGAUUUUUUUUUUCUUUUUCUUUUUCUUUUUCUUUUUUUUUUUUGCAUUUAUUGCAAUCAGAGGCAUUAAUUUAAAUCCAAUAAGAUUUAUUUACCUUUUUCUCUGUAGGAACAAACACACUGCCAAAAACAGAGCAUAGCAACGACAAGUGAUUCGAUGUCGAGAAAAAGAAAAGUAAAAAAAAAAGACGAGAGAUGAGGGGUUUCGUUUUAUUUGACGUAAAACGAAACCGACUACUUUGAACUGAGCCAUGUUGGUUUAACAAGCUGACUUCUUCAAAUGAAACGUAUCACCGUUUUUUUUUUUCAAUGUAGCAUCUUGCAUGGAGCUUUAGGUGUCGACACUGCGAGGAACAGUAGAGGCAGCAGAAUGUAUCUUUGCCUGUCUGGCGUCUGUCUCAAAGGACAGCCGGUGAAAAUACACAAGACUGGUCAGUGAAAACCUGGGAAUGUUGUCGGAAGGCUUGAGAGAGACGAGAAAAUACGGAUGAAAGUGUUUGUUGGAACUGAAAUGGAUUGUUAACGCAGGACGUGUAACCCUACAAACUUGCUGUAUGUAAGUUGAGCUGACGGUUGCACCUUGCUUUAUUGGUGGUGAAAAUCCGGUGAGAAUGAAUCGAUGGACAAAGUACGUAGGGGAAGGGAGAUGGAAGGUUUCUGUAUGUGAAGAACAAAAUGUCAUGAAUGUUUUUUUUGUUAAAAAAGGAUGUGGGGAAAAAAGAAAAGGGCAACUUGGCUGCCACGGUCUGUAUGUAAAAGGUGUAAAAUGAAUAAUUAUCGAACAAUAAAGAUCUGUGUAAGAUUUGCAUCUGAA